AUGGUCAAGAAGUCAUCAGCAGCACUGUGUAUUUAUGCUUGUAUAUUUGGAGCUUCAGUAGCUUCUUCUCCGGUAACUUUUGAGCUACUAACGGGCGAGCAAGAGUGUUUGUACGUAGAAGCGUCCGACAACAGUGUUAUAUCGUACUACUUCGCAGUACAGCACAGUUGGAGCGGAAAAUCGGAUGUUGACCAUGAAAUUUUUGGUCCCGGAGACGAUACAAAUCCCAUGUUUGCCAGUUUGCGCGAAAGCCAGGGCGAGUGGUCUUUUAGAGCGCACACAGCAGGCGAAUAUCGGUUUUGUUUCCGGGCUCCCGUGUCAUCUUGCAUCUUGGAUGUGCAGAUUUUGGUCAAGUCUGGAAAUCUUGGUGGAAUACCAAAUGAACAUGUCCCGUCACUGCCAGGCCAUUUUGUGGAUCCGUUGCAAGAUACAUGGGCACGUUCGCUGGACCUCAUUGAACGACAGCUCAAAGUGCUCGAGACAAACAUGCAGCGCUACAAAAUACGGACGAUACGCAACGGGACUACAGUUGUAUCAAUUGCAUCACGGGCCAAACUGUUGGCUAUCUGCGGAAGCUUGUUCAUUGUGUGUAUCGUCUACUGUCAAACUAAACUGCUAAAAAGACGAAUAAAGAGUCUACUCAGUAAUAGAAAAUGA